GGAGUAUUUUCGCGAUUCAAAUAUGGCCGUUUUCACGCGAACUUUACACAAAAUAUUUGGCUAAGAAUUACAGAAUUUCGCGCCAGAAUUGUACAAUAAACGAACGAUGGUAAGGCAGAGCGAGCGAUUCGAUAGUUCGACCACUCCCGCUUCUGGCUCGUUGCCAAACAAUUGGGUGAGUAUUUUGGAAACUAGAUUGGCGCUCACUUCCUUACAAAAGUUUCGAUUUGAUAAUCAUUGAGACGUUUCUCUGUGACGUCACUUUCAAACCCAAUACCAUUGGCUAACAGGAGAUAUCCCUGUUAUAAAUAACAAAUAAGGCAUUAAAAUAGAACAAACGGGAGGAAGGAGUUGGGUGCUUUAUAUACAUGAAGCUCAUUAAUGUAAUAAAAGCCAUGGAUGUUAAACAAGUGAAAAUAUUUCGAUUUAUGAGGGAAAACAGAUCUGUAGCUAUGCCACCUCCUCAACUGGACGUACCAGAACUGAUUAUCACCAAAUCGGCAGAUGUAGACGAAAAUAAAGAAAGAGGAAACUGGUCGAGCGGAGUGGAAUUUCUGCUGUCGUGUCUGAGCUAUGCUGUUGGAUUGGGCAACAUUUGGCGGUUCCCCUACCUCUGCUACAGGAACGGAGGGGGUGAGGGGUUUUUCAUUGGGCCACAGCUCAUUUCUCAGGUGCAUUUCUCAUACCAUACACCAUUAUGCUGAUCUUUGUCGGUUUGCCCCUUUUCUUUCUCGAGCUAUCAUUCGGACAGUUUGCUAGCGAGGGCCCAGUGACGAUAUGGAAAAUAUCACCACUUUUUCAAGGAUUAGGUUAUGCUAUGUUUCUGAUGUCAACAUUAGUUGGUGUAUAUUACAACAUGAUUUUAGCUUGGGCUCUUUUUUAUCUUUGCUCUUCAUUUACAAGUCAUGUUCCUUGGAGUUCAUGUGAUAAUUGGUGGAAUACCAAUGCUUGUAGAAAAUUCGAUACUAAAAACUGCACUGCUCACGAUGGUAUUGUUGUUGCUAAUGGUUCGUGCAUACUAAGGAGUCAAGUCAGUAACGAAACCUGGGCAGCAAUUUCGAAUUCAACAGAUAACACAAAAAUGGCUAGCGAUGAGUAUUUCCAUAAUUUCGUGCUCGACCUUACCGAUGGACUACACGAUCUUGGUGGCUUACGAUGGCAAUUGGCUAUGUGUCUUCUGGGAUGUUGGGUUAUUGUCUUCUUCUGCCUUCUUCGUGGCGUUAAAAGUAUGGGCAAAGUUGUGUACUUUACCGCUUUGUUUCCAUAUGUUGUAUUGAUGAUACUGUUGAUACGAGGAGCUACAUUAGAAGGAUCUUAUGAUGGUAUCAUGUUUUAUUUAACACCUCAGUGGAAAAGGCUAAAAGAAGCAAGAGUAUGGGGUGAUGCUGCUAUGCAGAUAUUUUUCUCACUUUCUCCUUGUUGGGGUGGUUUAAUAACUUUGGCAAGUUAUAAUCGUUUUCAUAACAACUGUUAUAGAGAUGCUCUUUUUAUCACAUUUGGUAAUAGUGGAACCAGCUUCUUUGCUGGCUUUGUAAUUUUCAGCAUUGUUGGUUUCAUGGCUCAUGAAUUAGGAGUUCCUGUAUCUGAAGUUGCUGCUCAAGGUGCUGGUUUAGCUUUUGUUGCCUAUCCAGAAGCUGUAGCUAGAUUACCAGUCUCACCAUUGUGGGCGUUUUUGUUUUUCUUUAUGCUCCUUACACUUGGACUGGGAACUCAGUUUACUCUUAUUGAAACUGUUGUUACCACAAUUGUGGAUACUUGGCCCGAACGUUUACGUUCUCGCAAGUCAUUCGUCUUGGCUGGUUGCUGUUCAGUAAUGUUCUUUCUUGGUCUAGUUAUAUGUACAGAGGGAGGAAUGUACAUAUUGCAAUUGAUGGAUAAUUACUGUGCUAGUUUUUCUGCUCUUCUUAUUGGCCUAAUUGAAGUAUCAGUCAUAGCAUGGAUAUAUGGUAUUGAAAAAUUUCUUGAUGAUAUUAAAGUAAUGUUAGGACAUUAUCCCUUCCAUUAUCAAUACUGGAAAAUCAUAUGGAAGUAUCUUGUUCCCUUUUUGAUUUUGUUUAUUUUAAUAUUUACUUGGGUCGAUAUGAAACCAACUGAAUAUGGCAACUAUAUUUAUCCUGACUGGGCUACCGGCGUAGGUUGGUGCAUUUCUCUCAUAUCUGUGAGUGCAAUUCCAAUUGUUGCAAUUGUCAAAGUAUUAAAGGCUAAAGGACCUCUUCUACAGCGCAUCAUCAUUUUAUCUAAACCAACUGCUGAAUGGGGCCCAAAACUGCAAAUGCACCGUAUGGAAACUCAUAGUCCCAAGCAUACCGAUUCUCAAGUACCACUUGCUUUACCCAACUAUGAUCCAGAUGGUGAUCAAGAUUUUUCAGAUGAUACAAAUUCAGAUAAACCAAGAAAUAGUCUAGACAGUAAUUCUGACUUUGAAGGUUUAAGACUAAAUAUACCUAAUAGUGUGACAGAGACUGGAGUGUGAUAGCAAAGUGAGUUUGCUAAGCAUGUACUCUGUGGAUGGACAAGUGGUUCUGCACUUACUGAUCCAUGCCAAAGGAAGGUAUAACAACAUCACAUUUCUGCAGUUGAAAUGGAACGUUCUACAUACAAAUAAUGCUGACAAUGUCAGCAGCGCCUGAUUAUGCAAGGCAUUGAGAUAACUAUUGUAAAAAUAUAUUGCUGCUUAUUGCAGCUAAAAAAGCACUAGAAAGGUAGUACUUUGUAUAAAUAUCAUACUGUAGAAUAGUUUCAGAAUGAAAUUUAAAGUUUCAUUCACAGCAAUAUAAAAUAGAGAAAACAUUUUUUUUUUUUUUUUUAAUUUUAUAAUUAAAUGUUAACAUAAAGACUAUUAUAUAAAAACAAUAGAUUAAUAGAAAUCAACAUUUCUUAAAUUUUAAUUUGAUAAAAUAAUUUCAAAACAUUAAUGGAAAUGAUUAAAAUAUAAAGAAACAGAAUAAUUAGGAAAGUAUUUGAUGACAAAAUUCAAUAAUGUUAAUUAUCUGAUAAGAAAAGGGUAUAAAGAACUGUGCAGAAUCAUUAGCCGUUUCCAAAAUACUGUGGUACUAUGAUUGCACUUAAAGCUUCACAACUUAUACUUCAUGUACGGGCUAGUUGUCAUUUUUGUUCAGAAAUCACAUAUGAAUGUAUAUUUCAUCCAUUAUUUCGUGUUUGUCUUUGGUGGGUAUGGUUAAUGGUGUUUUUAUUUUUUUAAUUACAUAUCAUGGCAUAAUUUAAUUCCUUUUUAAUUCUUGUCAUCCAGAGAAUUAUAAAAGCAUUUAAGUUAAAAUGACAUCUCUGUUACUGUACAUUCAACAAAAGCAAGAUUUUGGUUCCUUUUUUUCCGUAUUUAAAGAAUCACUGUGUUAUUAUUUCUUAUAUUUAAAACAAAAAUAAAAUUUUUGUUUUUAGUUUAAUGGUAAUCAAUUUACCAUAAAAACUGUUUUCUUAAAUAUUUAUGUUGCUAACUUUCUAAAUAACGAAUAGUAGUAAGAAGAGAGAGACUUUCUGUAACACAAGUUAGUCACCUUAGUUUUAAAAAAUAUAUUGUGACACUAUGUGAAAUUAUUAUCUGUUUAACUAUAUGUUUUAUAAAACAUUUUGUUUAUCAAAUCAAAUCACUUAAAAAAGUUUAUUGAUUUGGCUGCACUGGUACAUUAUUAGUUUAAAAUCCUGAAUGCUGAAAACAUAUAACAGGUAGAGAACCUUUUUAAAUUGGAAGGCCAUUUUUAAAACUGUUUUCAUGUUCAUUUCAUUCAUUUGAUCUAAUGUUUCAUUUAAUAUGAAUUACAAGAUUCCUUGCUACAAAUCUAAAUCUUUCUGAUUGCAUCAGAAGCUGACCUGAAAUCAUAUUACUAAUCAAAUAGUCAAGACAGACUUAUUAUAAGGCUAUUAUUUUCCGAUUUGAAACGUGAUUAACUUAUAAAUAAGCCAUUAUAUUUAAUGUUUAUUUUUUAAUUAAAAAUAAUGUAAAAAAUGAUAAUGUACAUAACUGUUUUCUUGACUAAUUAUCAUCUCCAAUUCACAUACUUCUUAAUUAGAAAGUUAGCGGCAUUUAAUCUUAUUUUUUAAUGUAUCAUUGAUUGAAUAAUUAUUGAGUUUGUAAUAGCAUCUAUUAAUUUCUAGAAAAAAAAAAA